AGACAACAACCAAUAGCAUAUUCUUGCCUUAAACGCUCUUUUCCCCUUAAGUUAAUCAUGUGUUGUGAGAGAGAUGUUGUUUUUCAGAAAAGUGUACGAAACAAGAUUUUUGACUUUAUAAAGAAUAUUUCGUAACAUAUUUUCGGCAAACAAAGUGUAUGUUUCUCGUAUAGAUUGUUAUUUUCAAAAGGAUUUUAUACAUAAAACGGGAUAUAAAAAAGUUACUGGACUGUUCUAGUGAAUAAUGAGUGCAGUGCCAGUAGCAGAGUUUCUGAAGGACCCGUCAUCUUGGGUAGCUCAAGCAGGGUGUGAGUGCAGGUCGGCUGGAGUGGGUAUUGUGCAUGAUGUAGCCCCAGUUUACACGGCCGGGACAGGGGGCGCACUUCCGGGUCUCACAUCUGAAGAGACAGCCAUCUUGGCUGGUGUUUUGACUGGUUUAGCAGUUUUUCUGUUCCUUUUGCUGCCUAUACUGUGCUGCCUGUGUCCCCUUCCAUGGGCAUGUUGUGGAUUCGGUAAGAAAAAGGCAGCAGCGGCGGCAGCUGCCGGUGGUCACCGCCACGGUAACAUUGCAAGGUCUGACGCCUCGUUCUGGAGUUCUGGAACCUGGGGAAAAGGAGACAAAAUAGACUACGAUCAUCUCUAUGGAGUCGACAUGAAGCUUCCAAGACCGUGGGUUGACAACUCAAGCAACCACUUCGACUCAAAACUUCACGACCUUCAAGACGGUGGGUGGGAAGGUGUUGACAUGUCAAGAGAUGAGAUCGAUGCUGCUGUCCGGUCAGGUAACGGCGGAGGAGAAAUAGCGGCACAGUCUGGAAUCGUAACGUAUGCUUCUGGUGAAGGCGGCCACGACAACGCUGGUUACAGCUCUGCAGAGCGAAGCCGCGGAGGCGGUGAAGAGGUGAUCACGGAGUACACCACAACGCGGAGAGUUGACAUGCAUCUCGGAGCAAUGAACCCGGAGGAAGCAGAGGGGUACUACACACAGACAUACGGACACUAUGAGGCGUAUGCCAUACCUCGAUACCGACGUGCUGAUUUGGGAGAAACAGUUUACCUAGAGCAUAGUGCGGGAGAGAUGGACGGAUAAAAUAUUCAUGGGAUUCUGACAUGACAAAAGACAACUUUAUGAAGAUAUACCACUCUUACAGAAAUAAACUCAGUGGAUAUGACCAAUGAUCGCCUUUCUUGAAAUCCCGUUGUUCUCGUGUGUAUGUGCGUGUAACAUUUUAUUGACUAUAUAUAUUG